CCCAUCCAUUGACCGAUUGAGGCCAACGCUUCACAACCUUUGGCCCAACGACCCAAUAUCUCGCCAAAUUAUAUUAUGUUUUGUUUUUUCAGUGUUUUUUUUUUGUUUCUCCAACAGAUGCGCUCUAACCAAACAGAACCUAAAGAAAUUAUUAAAUCCAUCGUGUAACCUCCGCGGACUCAAUCUUCCGUCGUUAACGGGGCUGAGUUGUCAUUCAGAAGAACAAAAUCCGAUUCAAACUCUCGAAAGAAUCAUUCGCUUUCAUUCUUCUUUCUCCGACCUUUCGAUACUGCAGUCCCACAAACAUGACCACUCCCCACGAUCCAGCCACCACAAAACACGCCGAUUCGUCCCCAGCCACCCCUCCUCCGACGGCUCCGCCGGUGCCCGACGUCGAGAACCAGACUGCGGCAUCCACCCGGUUCGGCGCUCCGGCAAUUUUAAGGCGCUGGAAGAGGGAGGAUUUUCUGAAGAGAGGCUCCAUAGGUUUGCGGGGAUUGGCUUUGGUCUGUUCUCUUCUUUCUUUCGUCAUCAUGGUCAGCAACAAGCACGGCGAUUGGAAAAACUUCGACAAAUAUGAAGAAUUCAGGUAUACGUUGGGGAUAGCCAUUUUGUCGACUUUGUAUACAGGAGGCCAAGUUUUGCGGCAAGUUCAUGAACUAUACACCGGAAAUCUCAUGUUCUCGCGGUGGAGCACCUCCUUGUUCGACUUUAUCGGGGAUCAGGCUUUGCUUCUAGAUGGAAAAUAUGAGUUGGAAGCGUGUAUAGUAAUUUCGGCAUCAUUGAUGACGCUUUCAAUAUGUGUAAAUUGAGGUGGGCGCCCCCAUGUGAACUGAGAAAAACGUGAUAAGAGUAAUCCAAUAGGGUUGGGGUUAAUAAGUGACAAGUGGGACAUUCAGAUUUUAAAAUUCAGUCCUUCCAAAUUGUUAGACUGCCAACAAGUCAACGACUAAAUCUCUCAGCAAAACCUCAUCCUUUGAUUUUCGUGAAUGAAAUUUUGUGGGUUUGCAGAUUGUGGCUUACUUACUGAUAUCUUCAGCAUCAGCGGCGGUUCCCAUGACAAACAGAAUGAGAGAGGGGGCAGAUAAUAUAUUCACUGAUUCAUUGGCUGCGGCCAUUAGCAUGUCAUUCCUUGCAUUCUUUUCGCUUGGAUUGUCAGCUCUCAUUUCUGGAUACAAGCUUUCCACUCAAUCUUAUAUCUGAUUUAAGUUAUUUUUUGUUAAACCAUUCUUUAUGUAUUAUUGAGUUGUUUGCCAUGUACAUGACACUUUUGUGUGUAUUGUCAAUAUGGAAGUGUAUCCAUGACACUUUUGUGUGUAUUGUCAAUAUUGAAGUGUAUCCAUUCACUGUGUACUUCUAUCAAAUAAAUGCUUGAUUUUAAUGAA